AAAUGAUAAAAAUUGAUUUGAAGCUGAUUGAAGAGAAUGUAAAUUUUAGGUAAAAAAUUAAAAAAAAAAGAACGCAAAAAGAAAAAAUAAGUUAACAAAAAAAUUUAACUAUUUCAAAAAAAGUAACUGAUUUUAGAUUAGCAUAAUAAGCAAAAGAAAAAGCAAAUAAAAUGAGGAAAAGAUAUAAAUACAAUCAUUGAAUAAUGGAUAAUCAAUUAGAAUAAUAAAUUAAUAUAAAAGACUGAUUUGAGUAAGAUAGUGGAACAUAAUUUGAAAAAUCAAUUUUAAACUAUAAUACUUUUAAGUAAAAUAUGGUAGAUGGCAUAUAUUAGAUGAAGUUACUAAGGUUGUAAUAAUAAAUGAGCUAUAUUUUUAAAUAGAAU